CGCCGCUGGCUUUUCCAGUUCACCCGAGAGGCCGAGAUCCGCGGCGCCGGGAGCAGAGCUGGCACGGGCGGCGCCCCCGUUCGCCAUGGACUCGCGCUUCGGCUUCCGACUCUCCGACGACGACAUGCGGUCGGAGAGCUCGCUGUCGCUGGGGGAGCGCCUCUGCAUGGUCUUCUUCCCCUUCGUCGCCAUCACGGAGGCCGUCUUCUUCGCGCUCACCGACUGCCUCGCCGUCCUCUGCCCCGGCUCCGACUCCUCGGCUGCCUCGCGCCGCUACGGCGCCGCCGCGUCCUCCGCCGCCGCCACCUUCCUCCCCGCAAAAAACAAGAGCUACCAUCGCCGCCGCCACUACCGACCCAUGCUACGCCGGGGCGGCUGGACCUCCCUCGACAUCCGCCAGCUCGCAAGCCUCGCCGCCGAUUCCCGAUGCUUCUCGGUGAACGAGGUGGAGGCGCUCUUCGAGCUCUACAAGAAGAUCAGCUGCUCCAUCAUCGACGACGGCCUCAUCCACAAGGAAGAGCUCCAGAUGGCUUUGUUCAAAACUCCAAGUGGCCAGAAUCUUUUUCUUGAUAGGGUUUUUGAUCUGUUUGAUGAGAAGAAAAAUGGUGUAAUAGAGUUUGAUGAAUUCAUUCAUGCUCUAAGUGUCUUCCAUCCGUUGGCACCUAUGGAAGACAAGAUCAAUUUUUCAUUUAGGCUGUAUGACUUGAGGCAGACUGGUUUUAUUGAGCGUGAGGAGGUUAAGCAAAUGGUCAUUGCUAUUUUGAUGGAAUCUGGUGUGAAAUUAUCAGAUGACCUUCUUGAGACCAUUAUAGAUAAGACAUUUGAAGAUGCUGAUGCCGAUAGGGAUGGAAAAAUAAAUCAAGAAGAAUGGAAGGAAUUCGUGUUACGCCACCCUAAACUGUUAAAGAACAUGACGCUGCCCUACCUAAGGGACAUUACAACCGUCUUCCCUAGUUUCAUCUUCAACACUGCAGUUGAAGAUUAAGCAGUAUUGGGAUUGCUUGAGCUACGCAGGAUUCCUAAUCCUGAUGACUGGUGUCUGCUGAUUAUGUCAACGUUCUUGUUAAAAUGGCUACCCAACUACUGAGAACCAUAUGUGAUCAAUCAUGAGCACUUCAAGAAAAAUCACGUGCAACUGACGGAUGAACAUUACAGCAGACACCUACCAUCCCGUCUGCUAUAAACCAAGGCUCCUCCAGGGUGGUGAAUUGACGAUGGAUCUUCCCAUUCCGAUUUCUUAUUGCCGUUUUUUUCUUCUCGAAAUGCAUUGAGUUGGUAACUGUAAAUACAUCUAGCAUUCCUUGAGUGCUCAGAAAUUCAGAAGCAACUGUACAUAUGUUAUACUGUACUAGGAAAGCGAAAAGAUCCUUGUGUGCCAGCCAGUUUUGAAAUGGCCAAUUGUUGUGUGCACCUCUUCUGAACAAGUAGUAGAUGGAUGAGACCUAUUAAAUUGUUAAUGACUGUUGUUAGAAAGAAUGAAUAAGACCUUUGACUUCUUUC